AUGGCCUUUCCGGGACCUCCGCCACCUGGAAUUGAUCUCAAUCAGGACAGGUCGGCCGAUCUUAUUGGAGCAUGGACCUCGACUUGGAGUAUGGCUGUAAUUAUGGUAAUCCUACGUAUCGUUUGUCGAAAAUUGGUAAAAGUCCGAUUAUGGUUGGAUGAUUGGCUUAUUAUCAUCUCUUUGCUAUUUUCCGGCGGAUUCAUGUUUACAGUUAGCAUAUAUAUGGUGGGCAAUGGCUUCUGCAGGCAUGUAUGGGCUGGCCCUCCAGAAGCUGGUAGAGACUGGGCGUUGGGGUUGUUCACCACCGAAUUCACUUAUACAAUCGGACUCUGCUUGAUCAAGUUGUCAAUUAUUGCUUUUUACUGGCGAAUAUUCACCACUCGGCUUCUUGAUAAAGUACUCCUUGGAAUUUUAGCCGGCAUGGUUAUCUGCUGGGGAAUGUUAACAACGGUAUUUCAAUGCAUUCCCAUAUCUGCUCUCUGGAACCAAUACGACCCGGUAAACCCGCCGGAUCCAUCUACAUUCGAAUGCAGUGUCAAGAUCCACCCCCUUUUUAUUGGAAAGUCUGUUCCACAUAUCGCGACAGAUAUACUUAUUUUGAUCUUCCCAAUACCUUACAUUUGGAAUCUUCAAUUAAGAUUGUCACAAAAGAUUGCAAUGUCUGUCAUAUUCGGCUUGGGAACUUUUGUCACGGCAGUUUCAGUUGUUAGACUCGUCUUCGUCCUUGAGCUAGACCUUAAUUCCGCUGAUGUUACAUGGGAAGAGUGCAGAGAAAUGAUAUGGACUGGAGUUGAAGUGUAUGUUGGCACUGUCUGUGCUUGCCUACCAUCUCUUAAGCCGCUAUUAAAUCUCAUCCUCUACCGCAGCGUUUAUCCGAAGUCGUAUUAUGGAUCCGCUGAAUCCGAUGCACAAACAAUUCAUGAGAUAGCUGAAGCGGCCAAGCGGCGGCGUCAACAGGAACGUCGCGACGCAAGCAUCCCAAGCGCAUAUUUAUUUGAUUCAAUGAGAAGCGCCAUGGAUCCACAUCCGUUUGAGCAGCUUUCCGAAGUCGAAAUCGGUAGCGUACACGGUGAUAUUGAGAUGGAGAGGUAUGGGGAGAGUUCGAAAGGAUCUCACCCGGACCAGACGUAA